AUGAAGAUGCAAAUUUUCCUUAGCGUGUGCCUGGCAGCGUUGCUGGUAUCCACGGCUGCCGAUCCUGCUGCAGAUCCGAAAAAGCCACAGAAACGAGCCGUACUCGGAGGCUACGGUCUUGGUGGUUCUGGCCUCAGUGGUUACGGUCUUGGAGGUUAUGGCCUCGGUGGAUACGGUCUUGGAGGGUAUGGCCUCGGUGGUUAUGGUCUCGGUGGACUGGGAGGAUCGGUGGGUCCAGCAAUUGCGGGCCCUUCGUUAGGAGGUUCAGUAAUUGCAGGUCCAUCUUUCGCGGGUGCAGCUGUUGGCCCCGCAUACGCACCAUCGUUUGCAGCUCCAGCCGUCAAUCUAGCUCCGACAAUCACCAGAAAUAUCCACACCCAUUCGACGAUUUCUCAGCCCGUUCCGGUUGCAGUUCCAACACCGGUAGCCGUUCCAGUUACUCGACACGUUGCCGUGCCAGUUCAGGUGCCAGUUCCCGUUCCAGUCGAUAGGCCCGUGCCGCAUCCAGUUGCAGUGCCGGUUCAUGUGCCGAGACCCUAUCCAGUUCACGUACCAGUGGAUCGACCAGUGGCCGUUCCGGUACCACAGCCGUAUCCAGUUACUGUUACCAGACACGUCCCGGUGUCGGUGCCGCAACCCAUUCCAGUUCCUCAGCCGUACCCAGUACCUUCCCCGGUACCGGUACCACAACCGUAUCCCGUUCCAGUGCAGGCCCCUGCACCAGCCAUCGCCAUUGCUCCAUCCUAUGCAUCAGCUCCGAUUCUGCCAUCCUACGGACCCUCGUUUGCCGCCGCUCCCUCGUUUGCCACCGGACCCUCAUUUGCUGCCGGUCCCUCGUUUGCCGCCGGUCCCUCGUUUGCCGCCGGUCCCUCCUUGGGUCCCAUCGUUGGCGGUGGUGGUCUCAUCGGCGGAGGCAUCAUCUCCGGUGGCGUGCUGAGUGGGGGUCCAAUCAUCAGCAGCGGUCACCACCACUAUGGCCAUUCUCACUACGGACACCUGGGUGGACUGAAGAAGAUCUUCGGAUAG